UUAAAGAAAAUAACUUUGCUUAAAUUUGUUAAACUUAUAUUUAAAUCAUUAGAAAAUUUAAUAAAAAAUUAAAAAACAAUAUCUAAAUAAUAAAUAAUUUAUUGUUUAAUUUUGAGCAACAAAAUAAAAAGUGCUAACAAUAAAUGAAAAAAUCAACGCAAACAAGCAACUAAAGCACGUGACUGCAAAUAAACUGCAACCCCUAAAAUCAAAAAAUUUGUGCGAACUUUCCAAACAACAAACCCAAGAACCCAAAUAAAUCAGAAAUAAAUUGACAAACUCAAUCUCAAUUGAAAUAAUUACAGUGAAGCCCACUCAAUUGCUUUCAAUAUCAAUUAUUUGCAAAAUCAGAAACCCAAAUCCGCCCGAAAACGAAAUUAAAAAUUCAUUUAAUUGAAAGCGGCGAGAAAGAAAAAGACUUCACAACGAUCGCCGCACACAAUCUAAACGCCGACGUCAAUGACGAGCAAUUUCCCAAUAAACAAUUUGAAAAUUUCUCAUUGCCGUCGUUGCCCAGCCAUAGAAGAAAACGUGAAGACAUGCCGCCCUCUGCGUUCCUAGUUGGUUCCACCAUUUCGACAACAGCAAAGACAGCAGCAGCAGCAGUGACAGCAACGAGUAGCAGUAACAGCAAUAACGGCAUUUGUAACGCACGCAGCACACCAACAAAAUAUACGAUUUUGACGCCAGCAACAACACCGAAACUGCUGUCGCCGAUAAAGAACACAUCGUCGACCUGUUCCUCGCCAUCGCUGUCGCCACAAGCAUUGCAAGCGCGUUACGCGGCGUGUAGCCCCACCAGCGCACACAAAUACAUUAAUAAUAAUAAUAACAACAACAACAAUAAUAAUAAUAACAAUUGUCAAACAGUACAAAAUUACAAUUACUUAAGUGCUACGACACAACAACAACAACAGCAACAACAACAACAACAGCUGCAACAGGAUCAGCUGGAGCAGCAAUAUUUGCAAUUGCAACAGUAUCAGGCACAGCAGCAGUUGAAGCGAUCAACGCCACAAAAAAUGGUGCUGCAAAGCUAUGAAAAUUACACCUCUUACCAUUUGCCUGCCCAUCAUCAGCACGCUGCGCAUGCGUUGACGCAUCAGCUGUCGUUGCCACAGUCGCAUCAGCAACAUCAGGCGCAACAGCAGCAGCAUCAACAACAUGCGCAACAACACCAGCCUCAGUCACAGCAUCAGCAGCAAACGCAUCAAUAUCAACAACAGUCGCCGCAACAUCAACAGCAGCAACAACAACACCUGCAGCAGCAAGGUUUGCAGUCGAUGACGCAGCAUCAUCGCUUGUCGGGCGGCAGCACUGGCAGCGCCUCUGUUAGUUCCUCGUCAUCGUCCGGCGGCGCCUCGACAACCGCUGCAGGCCUCGGUGGCAGCACGUCGGGCUUGAGCACAGCCGCUUCGUCGUUGCUUGACUCACCGAAUCCUACCGCCUCGUCGCUCGGCAUUGGCUACUUCAAUGACAUGGCCACCAAUUAUGUUGGUGACUACUCCUCGCCACAUCAUCCAACCGCGAACUCAUAUUACACCGACAUCGAUGCGAAUUUCUUUAGUCAAGGCUACAGCAGUAAUCCGCAUGAUCACAGCAACAACAGCCCGCCCCCGCAAACGCAACAACAAACGCAGAAUGCUAACAACAAUGGUGGUUCGUUGCUUUCGCAUGCGCAGCAGCAGCAACAACAACAACAACAGUCGCAACAAAGCAAUCCCGCCGCCAACAGCAAUGCGUCAGGCGUCAACGCCAACCAGUCGACCGGUCCGACGCCCAAUCACAACAACAACAACAGUGCCAAUAUGAAUUACAUGCACGUGGCGUUACGAAACUCGGCCGCUGCGGCCGCACUCUACAGCCAACAUCAGAUGAAAGAGGAACCGGGCACACAGAACACCUCCUCCUAUUCGAGUCUUGGCAGUGGCAGUAGUAACGGCCAAACCGAUCCGGCUGAUCUCUCUGUUUCAUCCGUUUAUGGUUUGCCACCACAUCUGGCAGGUGCGGCCGCUGCGGCAGCUGUUGCUGCAGCCACCGGUGUACAUUACGAUGAUAAUGAUUAUCACAGCACGAUCUCAUCGCAAGAACAUCCGAAUUAUCAGGAUAGCGGCGCCGAUUUCUAUGGACUUGCUGUGGCGAAUAAUGAACAGAAAUACAAUGCCUACGGACGCUCACCAUUCCCCGAUUCCUAUGCCUCGGAGUAUGGUUCGUACGAUCCAACGCGUUUCUCAUCAAUGAGCGGUCAGUCGCCGGCAGAUCAAUGGGGCGUGCAUCAUGCUGGGCAACAUUCGGCCGCGUAUAUGAAUACGAUGAGUUUGGAGAAGGCACUCAUGGGCGCAUAUCCCAUGCAAGGUGGUGUGCCGUGCUUUACCGGCUCUGGGCCGAUACAGUUGUGGCAAUUUCUAUUGGAGCUGCUGAUGGAUAAGACGUGUCAGGGCUUCAUUUCGUGGACUGGCGAUGGCUGGGAGUUCAAGUUGACCGAUCCAGAUGAGGUUGCUCGUCGCUGGGGUAUACGCAAGAAUAAGCCAAAAAUGAACUACGAAAAGCUCAGUCGUGGUCUCCGCUAUUAUUACGACAAGAACAUCAUCCAUAAGACGGCAGGCAAGCGCUACGUCUACAAAUUCGUUUGUGAUCUACAAAACCUGAUUGGCUACACGCCAGAAGAAUUAUGUGCUAAAUAUGACCUCAAGACGGACAAGAAAGAUGAUGAUUAGAUUGCUGUUUGAGGGCUGAACGCCUAGGCGGUAAACUAAAGUUAGCUAUGACUACAGCAACGAGCCCCCAAGCCAACCAACCCCACACUCACACAUACACACACACUCAAAGUGAACCUAAAGCUGUGCUUUAAUUGCGAGUGCAAACUUGACAAUGCCAAAUGCUAUGAGAUCAUCAAGCUAACCUCAUUAUUGGUUCCAAGUUCGCACAUGUGGGCGUCCGCAAGUGGUGUGUGGUCGGGGGUUGCGGUGCAUGCAUGCGAAUGUGGAUUCUUCCAAAUGUGCUUAAUUUUUGAAAGUACACACACACAUUAUUUACACACACAUACAUACACAUAGAGAAGCAUAUAAUAUAUACACAUUUGCAGUUGUAAUUAUAUUUUAGUACGCAUACAUAUAUGCAUAUGCAUAUACCGUUAUUUAAAGUAUGUAUUUGCUAUUUUCUGUGCUUACUCAUGUUUAAGUCAUUUAAUUAUGAAUUCAAUUAAUUUGUUUGAGGAGAUUACAAGCUUACUUAUAUAGUAUACAUAUAUGCAUACAUAACUGUACAUAGUGUGCUAAGGAACAUAAGUCGUGCGCACGAAAAAUAAGAGAAACCCUAAUAAUCGUGAUCUUAAUUUUAAGUUUGCACAACAGUUUUACAUUAUUACAUAACAUAUACAUAUAACGUACUCAUAAUUUAUAUAAAAUAUUGCAAAUAUUUAGUGAGAAACGAAAAUAUAAUUUUAAUGUUACUUUUCUAAAUUAAAUAGCUGUUAGUUAUUAAAAAUAAAUUAAAAAUCAUAAAAACGUUGUAUAAAUUUCUAAAUAUGAAAAUUAGUGUGCUUAAGUAAAAAAAAAAUCAAAAAUAUCUAAGUUUUUUAGUGCCUAGUAUGUUUUAAAGCGCAAUUUUUCAUAUAAGUUAAUUUUAAUUUAAAAGUAUAUACUUUCAGAAAGUUGCUAAAUUCAAAAGAAAAUUUGGUUAAAAAAAAUAUUUUGAGUAAUAGGAAAAAUAAAAAAAUAAAAUAAAAUAUAUUGGAGAAAAAAUGUUUUAAGUUAUAUAAUAAUCAAUAAAUUUCAAAACUAAUGAAGAAUAAUUAAAAUAUAAAAAAUCUGCUAAAACCUGAACUAAUUUAUUAAAAAAAAAAUAAAUAAAAAUAAAGUAAAAGAAAUAAAUGUAAAAAUUGCAAAUAAAAUAAAAAAUAAAACAAAAUAUGAUAAAAAGGUAGAAUUGAAGUUAAAAGAAAUCAGAGAAAGCUAUUAUAAAAUUAAAUCCAAAUUAAAUAAAACAAAACAAUAAAAUAAAUAAGAAAAGGAAAUUCAAUUAAAACAAACCAAAAGGAAAAUAAAAUAAAAAAUAAAACUUAAUUUUAAUUAAAUUAAAAAACAAAUAAAAGA